AUGCGUCAGAUGGCUAACCGUUUUAUGGCAGUCCAUUUGAGCACAUUGGUUCGUAUUGGUGGAGGAGACAAGGAAAGAUACGAGCUUAGAGAGAUACGAUGGGAAACAUUGCCUGAUAUAGAUGCUGUUGGAGAGAGAAGGCGAGGUAAAUGUCCACUUACUCCUCAUGAAGUAGGCUUGAUGUUAAGAGCACUUGGUUUUGAAAACGACGCAUACAUCUAUGUUGCAUCUGGAGAAAUAUAUGGUGGAGAAGAGACUCUGGAACCACUAAAAGAUCUCUUUCCAAACUUGUAUACAAAAGAGAUACUUGCUAAUGAAGACCUGAAACCUUUUCUUCCUUUCUCUUCUUGCCUUGCUACUAUUGACUACAUUGUUUGUGAUGAAAGCGAUGUUUUCGUCACCAAUAAUAAUGGAAAUAUGGCCAAGAUUCUUGCAGGUCGAAGGAGGUACAUGGGGCAUAAGAGGACCAUAAGACCGAAUUCUAAGAGGUUGAGUUCAUUGUUGAUGCAAAGGGAUCAGAUGGAUUGGAAUACCUUUGCGGAAAAGGUGAAAGCGGUUCAAAGAGGAUUCAUGGGAGAGCCAGAUGAGAUGAGAGCCGGACGCGGUGAAUUUCAUGAGUAUCCCUAUUCUUGUAUCUGCGAGAAGCCGGCAAGUGAUAUUAUUGCAGCAGGCAACAAUGGUGGUGGUGAUGGAGAUCAUCAUCAAUCACAACAAUUUAAAGAAAAUGAAGGAUUAAGGAAGAGAAGUAAUGAAGAAGAGCCUGUUUUAGGAGCCAAAGAGGAUGAAGAUGUAUUUCCUGACUAA